AAAUGGCGAUUUUUGGAUACAUAACUGUGGCCCUAGCUGCUCUUGCUGUGACAGGACGUGUCUAUUGUGAAGUUACCACGCCUAAAAUUAUAGUGGAAAGCCGCUUACACUCAGAUACGGAGACGGAGAAAACCGAUCAGAACAUCGAUGUCGCAGAACAGCCUGCCGCCACACUAACAGGAGAGGCGUAUGCACAAUCUUCUGCGGCCUACUUCUCUCGACAAAGGCCAAACCAGUACGACGCUGACGGGUCAUGCUGGAUCGGUAACCGACUGGUCAGGCACGGUCAGGUGGUUUCGCUGACCCAUCAGAACCCCUGCUGGAAGGUCAUCUGCUGGUACGGCAGACCCCACGAGGAGGAAGAUGGCUGCCACUUGGACGGGCAGUGCCACCCUCUCAACCAAGACUUUCAAAUGGACUGUCGGACUAUGAGAUGCAGUAAGCGCCAACUCGGCACAAACUCUUGGCGCUACCACGUGACCACAGUUGCAACAGAGUGUCGGGAUGCUAGAGGAAUCUGCAGGAGGGUGGGCGAAAGAAAUUUCAGCGCUGUCAUUGACAGACAGACAUACCACGACUGCGAAUGUCAACAUGGCGGAAGGAUGUACUGUAUGCAGACAUACCCUUUUUAAUCCAGACUUCAGACAGACAGCCGUACGCCGAUUGCUCUGUUGAUGUCUUGCCGGACUCUGGUACGAGUGACCCCUGACUGAAAUCAAGAACAGGUCAUUUCUAACGUCUCUGUUUGAUAAAUAAUGUUUGCAUCCAUCCCCCCCACCCCUUUGAAAAUAAUUACUUAGUUUCCUUGGGAGGUCAAGUUUUGAUGGGUUUAUUAAUUUUUUUUGUUUGUCUUUUCAUAUUGUUUUUAAUGAAGCUAAAAGGUCAAGCAUUAAAAGAAGUGGUUAUCAUUACAAUAAUUAUGUUACAACGUAAAAAGACAAAGUUGUACAAAUA